UUUACAUAUAUAUAUUAUUUUAUUCUACUAUUUCUAAUGUCAAGGGCAACGAAUAGUAGUCACCCAAAAGUACAUCAACGAAAAAUAUCCUUGACAACAGCAUGUCCACCUUCUUUAGCGAAACAAGAUAAAAAGACUUCAUCACAUUCUUUCUCAUCAAUGGAAUGGUAUCAAAAACUAUGGAAAUCUCGCAUUUUUCGUUGGAUAGCCUAUACCUAUGUUUUAUUUAGUAUGUUAUUCUCUGCUUCUCAAUUCUUUUAUUCUACCACAACUUCUCCUUCUGAAGUUGCAAGUGUCAAAAAAAUCAUCCUCUCCAACUCACAUACUACCAUCUUCCAAAUUAAACUUAUUGAAUACACAAUUACGACUCAGUAAAAUGUUUAGUAAAUCUUUACGACAACCUGAUAAUGUUCGACCUUUUUGGAUGACUGCUACUGAACCACCUACAUCUAUUUGUAUUACUACUGUGUUGACAUUGGAUGAUAUGGAUUCUUUGGAAAUUAUGGCAACACAUUGGCAAGGUUCUAUUUCAGCAGCGAUUCAAAUUGAAGCCAAGGAUGGAUUAAAUUCAGGGCAUGCAGUACAAGUCCUAUCUAGACUUCGACGUGAAUAUGAAACAAGACCUGCACUUCAAAAAUAUGUUGAUUUCCAUGUUAUUCUUCUUCCAGAACACACCACACGUAUUCGACUUCAAGCAGCUCGUAAUUUGGCUCGAUUAUUCAGUCGAUCUCAGUACAUUAUGCAUACACCCAUUCACGUAUUAUGGUUACCAUCAUCUAUUUCCCUAUCCACCAAUACAGCAACGAUGGAACGAUUGGAUCAAGGUGAUGCUCUUGUGGUACCUACAUUUGCCUUUCCUCGACGCAACAAUGUACAAACAAAUGUAUUUCCUAAGGACCGAGAUGGGAUCAUUGAUUGGGUGGACGCUGGACGGAUGGGAUUAUUGGAUUAUCAUUGGCCUCUUAACUUUGGUCCAUCUUCUUAUGAUGAUUGGCGUGUAGCAUCCGAACCUUACUUGGUCACUGAAUACGAUUAUCAUUAUGGUCCUGUUUAUAUUACUACAAAGGAAAAUCAUCCAUGGUGUGAAGAACGAUUUGAUGAUCAAUUAUCGGCAUGUGUUUAUGCUACUUAUUUGAAUGGGGCCAACUUUUAUGUUUUACAUGAUACUUUUAUCAUUCGAUCUGGACAAGAACCUGAAAAUCGUUUAACAGAUGGCGAGAGAAUGAUUCAAGAUGGCAUGUACAAGAAUUAUCGGGUUGAACAAUGUGCUUUCUAUGCAAGACAAUUCGAUCAACAUGGUGUAUAUGAUACGAACCGAGCAAGUCAUGUCAAACAAGAAUGUGCCAAAGCGUUAAGGAAGGAAAAUAUUGUUUAGGUUAUACAUAGAUAGAUAGAUGGAUAGAUAGAUAUACGGACGUUGUUGGUGAUAGAUACCAUAUUUUUUUGUUUUGGAUUAUAUAAUAAAGAAAAUAGUUACUGUUUGAAAAAAAAAAUA